GACAAUCUACACAGCUGUGAUCAAUGUGGGGCAGCUUUCACACAACAGAGUACCCUAAAAAGACAUCAACGCAUUCACACUGAAGAAAAGCCUUACAGCUGUGAUCUGUGUGGUAAAACCUUUUCUCAGAGUAGUAACCUUAAAUCUCACCAGCGCAUUCACACAGGAGAGAAGCCGUACUGGUGUGAACAAUGUGGGGAAACCUUUUCUCAGAGUGAUAUCCUAGAACGCCAUAGACGUGUUCACACUGGAGAGAAGCCUUACAGCUGUGAUCUAUGUGGUAAAACCUUUUCUCUGCAUAGUAACCUUAAAUCUCACCAGCGCAUUCACACAGGAGAGAAGCCGUACUGGUGUGAACAAUGUGGUAAAACAUUUUCUCAGAGUAGUAGCCUUAAAUCUCACCAGCGCAUUCACACAGGAGAGAAGCCGUACAGCUGUGAACAAUGUGGUAAAACAUUUUCUCGGAGUAGUAACCUUAAAUCUCACCAGCUCAUUCACACUGCCUCGUUGUGAACAUGUUUCCGAGCCAAGCUGUUUCCUCCUGCCUCCUCCUCAUGCCCUGAUAGCUGUGUUGUUAUUUUCUGAUCUUCUCUCCACAUUGAAGGCUGACCAGCAGUAACUUUAUCUUCUGAACAGCAUGUAUGUUAUCCUGGCUAGGACUACACAUUACACUCCCUCCCUUUUUGAAGGGAUUUAUUCAACUCAAAAUUUGAGUUCAGGGUUCAACUGCUAGUGCUUUUUAACUAAUGCUGUAGCGAAUAAGUAUUUGUUGUUGUUAAUUAAUCAACUGGUAAAUACAAUUUGCACAAAUUCUAAUCACUGUUUACUAAGGUGAUGUCAUAUUGCUGAAAUAUUCAGUUUAUUGUCACUUAAGACAAGAACAUGGCUGCUGCUUAAAAAAUGACUUGAACAGUUAAUGUGUUUAAACUGCGUCUGUGCUGCUGCCAUCUUGGGACAGACAACUGAUCUUAAAGACUCAGAAAAAGAUUGUUGUACUGCUUUUGGAUGUUCAUGUGAAAGAAAUGCUAAACUAAGCAACAUGGAAUAACAUUUCGCGAUGAAAAAUGUGUUUUACAAUAUUAUACUAUUACUAAAGUGUUGAAUUUAAUAUCACAAAAGGUAACAUUAAUCCUUCUUUUAAGCUAACAGGAAGUUAAGUAACUGUCCUGAUACUGAAUUGAACUAAUGCUAGCUUGUGUCAGGUUAUGUAUGUUUUAUUUAAGUGAUUAUUAAUAUCUCAGUAAAAUGCUGAAAACGAUGUUUGUUAUGUGUGUCACUGAACAGUUCCUCAUAGACCCCCAUGUGAAAAAAUCCAGACUUUACAUCAGAAAUAUAUAAAUGUUUACAGCCGGGUACAAAAAACGGUUUUGGACUAUGAAGCUAAUUUCAAACUUCAUAACAACUGUUUAUAUAACUCACCUGUUUAAAUUGUAUCAAGGCAUAAAUCAGCAGACUGUCA